AAGCGCUGCAGGAAAAGUGACGGAAGCGAUCAGGGAAGGUGUUUUGAUUAUUCAUGCCCAACACAAAAUACGGAUUUGCUAAUAUAAAUAGGCAUAUCAGCAUCACAUAAGCCAAAUGGAUGAAGAAAAUAUUAGAAAACGAAGUUCAGUCCAAGAACCUGACGAACUGUCUGUCAAGGGCAAAAAGUCCAAAUCUAUGAACCUACAGAAAGAGGUGGGUCUGAUCAGUGGAAUCUGUGUCAUUGUUGGGACAGUGAUAGGUUCGGGGAUCUUUAUUUCUCCCAAGUCAGUCCUGGCUAACGUUGGAGCAGUUGGGCCCUGCUUAGUCAUCUGGGCAGCCUGUGGAGUGCUUGCUACAUUAGGGGCAUUAUGUUUUGCUGAACUUGGCACCAUGAUAACAAAAUCAGGAGCAGAAUAUCCAUACCUUAUGGAAGCCUUUGGCCCAAUACCUGCAUAUUUGUUUUCUUGGACCAGUCUAUUAGUCAUCAAGCCCAGUUCCUUUGCCAUAAUUUGCCUCAGCUUUGCUAAUUACGCAUCAGCUCCAUUUUAUCCAGGAUGUGAGCCUCCCAUAAUUGUCAUCAAGUGUCUGGCGACAGCAGCCAUUGUGGUCAUUACUCUAGUGAAUUCACUGAGUGUGAAGCUGGCGAGCUAUGUUCAGAAUUUUUUCACUGCUGCUAAAAUGGUGAUUGUUGUAAUCAUUGUUGUAAGCGGGAUUGUGCUUCUUGCCAAAGGGAAUACACAGAACUUUAACAAUUCGUUUGAUGGUCCCCCUCUUUCUGUGGGCACUAUUAGCCUGGCAUUUUAUAAUGGACUCUGGGCAUAUGAUGGAUGGAAUCAACUGAAUUACAUCACAGAGGAACUUAAAGAUCCUCAUAGAAAUCUACCACUAUCUAUUGUUAUUGGGAUCCCACUGGUCACAGUCAGUUACAUUCUGAUCAAUAUUUCGUAUUUCACGGUUAUGACUUCAACAGAACUUCUGCAGUCUCAAGCUGUUGCAGUUACCUUUGGAGACAGAGUUCUUUAUCCUGCUUCCUGGAUAGUCCCUCUCUUUGUAGCUUUUUCUACCAUUGGAGCGGCCAAUGGGAGCUGCUUUACUGCUGGCAGGCUUGUUUAUGUAGCAGGUCGUGAAGGGCACAUGUUAAAGGUGCUGUCUUACAUCAGUAUCAAGCGUUUCACUCCAGCGCCGGCUAUCAUAUUUCAUGCUGCAAUAGCUAUUAUUUAUGUAAUCCCAGGAGACAUCAAUACAUUGAUCAACUACUUUAGCUUUGCAGUCUGGAUAUUUUAUGGUUUAACUGUGCUGGGACUCAUUGUCAUGCGUUUUACAAGAAAAGAUUGGGGAAGGCCUAUCCGUGUACCUUUUAUCAUCCCUAUCAUCGUGAUAAUAGUUUCCAUUAUGCUGGUCCUGGCACCCAUCAUCAGCGCACCUGAGUUGCCAUAUUUGUACUGUGUGCUAUUUAUCCUUGGUGGACUUGGCUUUUAUACACUUUUUAUCCAUUUUAAAUUCAGCUGGGCUCAAAAAAUCUCAAAGCCCAUCACAAUGCACCUUCAGAUGCUUCUGGAAGUUGUUCCACCAGAAGGAGUUACUGAAUAAAACUGAAAUUUUACAUCCUUAGGAAGGAAAGGCCCUGAAGAUGGUUCACCUGGCAUCAUACAUAAUUUCAUAUCCAUAAAUACAGCUCUCAAAGCUGAGGACUAGGGAACAUCUGUAUGGCAGUGUUCUGAAAAAAGGACCAUCCUUACGUCUGUUCUUUCCCUCCGUUCCAUGUAUUCAUUUUUGCAGCACAUAGAACUCAAAAAUUUGCAACAUCGUAAGAAAAUAUCUGAAUGGGGGAAAAGACCUGAGGAUUUCUAGGCUUGGACUUGAUUUUAAAUGUGGAAAUCAAAAUAGAAUGCAUUUCCACAUUUUUUCUUCAUUAACCUUAAAAGAACAGAACAGGUAGUAUUACAGUGCCACCUAUCAGCAAACAAACAUGGAAGCAUGAAGAUGAAAUUUCACGUAUUAAAUGUGUCUUACAGAUAAGUAACAGCAGGAUCCCAAAGAAAAUGACUGGUGAGCAUAUGGGGAAGAAGGAGUGUGAUCAAGGUGUUACCGGAAUUCAUAUGGUAUUUACUCUAGGAGUUGAAGAAGUCAACAAAAGUAGCAUACUGAAAAGGGGUUGAAGCUUUUCAUCAAGUGUGCCUUUGCCUUGCUGAAGCAUGAAACGCAAUGGAAAUUAUUUUCUCAGAAUCAAAGCAGAUUUUUACCAGGUUGACUAGAAGGCUAUAGACUGUCUGUCCUGAUGCUUAAGGGCAAAUUAUCCUGCAAACAUGCCUAUGGCACAGACAAGAAUUUCAGACAUAGGAAGUGUGUCUGUACACACAGAGCCUUAGCUAGGUUUGCUGCUGUACUGUUUCUAGUUCAGUGUCCUGCACAACUGGGUAUUUUGAGAAAGAAUGCAUGCAAGUCUGUUCCUGCAGAACUAGAAGCUUCAUUAUCUAGCUAUUUUGCUCUAAUUCAAAAGAAAAGACAGCAGAGGGGUUGUAGCACCUUAAAGACUUAAUAGUUUUAUUACAACUUCCGAAAAUGGGCCUUCUCUCUGUACAAACAUUUCCCACUUGUGAAUAAUGGCUUUCGCUCAGAGAUCUGCUUGGUGAAAACCUUGUUUACUCAAGCUUGUUAUUUGUUAAUCUUGCUGCUAGACUGGUAAUGACUGCCACCUGUGUUUUACUUUUUAUUCUUUAUCCACUUGCUGCUCUGUAGUUAGAUUUCUUCUUUUACUUAUUGGUGUGCCUUCCCCUAAAAUCCUUGGAUGGAGAGCAGGUUAUAGAUAUUUUAAAUAAAUACAAGCUUAUUCCAUAAUAAAUCUGUUAAGACUUUAAAGGUGCCACAAGCUUAUUUGCUGCUACAGAUGAACACAGCUACCUCUUGGGAAGCUGGUAAAAGGAAAGAUGGAUUUAUCAAUGGUUGUGAAGGCUAAAUCCAACCUGACACAUCUUUGAUAUAGCUAACACCCUUCCUCUUACCACAGGUUCACAAUAUGUUUGUCUGGAGUGUGCAGUCAUUGCUAGGUUUUCCAUGCUGUGCUCAGCCUCAUAACUGAGGCAGCUGGUAUGAUUAUUCCCACUGACUGGGGUAAGCCAAUCUCAAAGGGCAGCAAUCUUGUGAACAAGCAUACAUGCAUUUUUUGCUCUUUUACAAAGGUAGAUUUAUAAAGAUUUGUAAGUAAACCUAAAAUGUAGCAUGGAAGGCCAGCUUACAGAUGAACAUCUGGUAAAUGGAGAACACAACAUUUCUCCCUUAACUUUCUCUAUUCUCCUUUAGAUUCUCUACAUAUUCU